AAAUGACGAAAGACAAUUAUUAUCACUGAGAAUGAGACUUUGUACAGACUGUUGCAAGAAUAUAUAUAAAGAAAGCUCUCUAAAUUUCUUUAAGUGUCUUUUGUAUUUCUCUUUCAUUGUGUUUCAAGUUAAACUCAAUACUUUUUGCAGUUCUCAAAGUACUUGAUGAAAGAAAACUGCGAAAAUGUAAAAGGGGAUUAUCUCAUGAAAUCAAAAUGUUUUUAGAUGAUAAGAUGAACUGCAUGUAUCUGUUGGUUGCUGUUGUUUAUUACUCCUGGCUAGCUUAGAUGAUUUACAUUCUUUCUAGUUCUGCACAAUGUCAAUGCUUUAAAAUAUAUGUAUAAUUCAAGUGUGUCCACUUUUCUGCCCUAUUUUGAAGUUCUAUUUAAUUUUUUAAGUGCUGUUCAAAGUGGCAGUGUCUUAUGCAUAAACAUACCACAUUUUAUAGUGUUAGGGUUUGAAAGAAAAGGAUUUUUAAAAAUGUAGGCCACUGCAAAUACUUUCCAUAGUUGGUCUUAUUUAAAAGAUUUUUUAAAAAGAUGAGUAUGGUAAUGAUAUCCUCGAUGAUUUUGUCACUAAUGAAUUCUUGCAAGGAUAAAAGCUUGGAUACAUCAGACAAAAAGUCUAAAAAAACGGUGAAGUGUAUUAUCAAAUAGAAAGCUCUUAAAUUAUAUCAAGCAAAGGAGGCAAAAACAUUUUAAAGUAGUAAAAUAAAAUGACCAUAGAUACGAUAAAUAUCUAAAACCAAAGUUACUCUGUCACAUUUUUUCAAAUGCUGCAAAUUUCGCAAGCCUCAUGGCUUGUUAUUCUCCGGUUGCUCUGUUAACCUUUUCACAAACACUUGAAGUGGAAAUAUUGUCAUGAAGCUUGGUACAUUCCUUGAUCAUUUCUAUGAUCUUCUUAAGCACAUCUUCUGUUUGUUUCUUUAGUGCGACACUAAAGUACAACUGCCACCAAAGGACAGUUUCUAUCUUACUCUUAAAUCAUUUCAUUGAAAAAAAUUUGGAAUAUUUUAAUACCUGCUAAAAAUUUUAUUAAGAAAUCUGUUUCAAAAAUUUGAUAUUGAAGCUCAAACAUUGUAAAUUUCACCUAAAUACCUUACUUAAAGAACAGAAAUUGAGCCACAAAUGACAUUUUGCUAAUUUUUCCCUUGCAAAAUGCAGCCUUCUCUUCGUAAGAAUACAGUAUACCAAUUUUCUUGUUAUCAAGCAAUCAUGCCUUAUUUGCCCAAUAUCAUAUAUUCAAACACGGUCAGGUUUUUUCAUACUAGAGAUGAUCUAAGAAAAAGUAUCUAAUGUAGAAUGCAUAAUAGUGAAGUCUUCUCUGUUGGAUUUGAGUCGUCGACAGUAUCUAGAGGGAAAUAAAUAUGCAAAACAUGUAACAGUGUGGUAGUAUCUCCAUCGCUUCCAAUGUUACGAGUUAGCGCUGUUUAAAGAUGUUUAUGUUUUCACCCAUUGAACUUAAAUUUUAGAUGAUGAUUUUCUACAGUCUUUAAAAAUAGGAGCAGAUAGGUGUUAAAUGGAAUGAGAGAAUUAUUCCAAAUUAACUGACACAGAUCUUAUUAGUUUGUAGGGUUUGUUAGUUUAAUGUUAAAAAAGCUUUUUGAUGCUGUUUCCCCAGAAAUUUUUAGCUUUCCUGUCUGAAAGUUGAAAUGUUAUCACAAAUUUGACUAUUAAAAGAUAUUACUUAUUUGGCUCCUUUUAGGGUUUAAAUAGGUCAUCAGAGUAACAUAGGCUAGCCUUACUUAUAAAUAACAAAUUAAAAGAAAAACAUUUUCUUCCAUACUUGGUGCUCUACCUCUUUGUGAUAAAGCACAGAAUUAUGUAAGUGUUUACUUGAAAAUUCACAGUGGGGUCUGUUACAGGUUUGAAAGUGAUGGGGGUGGGCUUAGGCAAAAUAAAACACCCAUAGCAAAAUAAUUUGAAAAACCAACAACAGUUUUAUUUUACACCUGAAGUGGCCCCCUCGAACCAGCCCCCUUGAAAGUGCUGUUCAUUUGAAAGGAUGCAGAUAUUUUGAUUCAUAUUUGCUCUUAUUAGUCUUAAGUCAUUUCUUAUAAGUUUUUUCUUAUAAGAAACUGGGGCCAGGUCGAACACGCGGAAAAGUGAAAUUUUGCUUGAAGCUUCUGGAAUGGAAAGACAUAAACAAAGCAACAAAGCUCUUUCAAGAAUUGAGAUAUAAGACCUUAUUUUUGAAGGAAUGAGAAUUCCGCGUUUUCCGCGUUUCCGAUUUCUAACGAGGGUGAAAAUCGAAAACGCGGAAACCGGUCCCAGCCGAUUUCCCGAGGGGUUUUCCUACGCAAUUUUGACUGUGCCUGAUGAGAAAACAAAUCACUGACCAUUUCAGAGAGAAUGUCAUGUUGAGAAGGGUGAGAAUGGGCUAUGCGGAGGCGCAAUUUGCAUUCAGGUGAAAGGGCGAGAACAUCCUUGGUGUGGAACUUUUGAUUAGGACUUGGUAGGAGCAGUUAAGUCGUCUCAUAAUGACUGAAGAGAGCCAAGCAGAUAUUGUGGAUCGUAAAAAGGCUGGUGAGUUCGUCAGAGUCAAGGCUGCUUUCAGAGACUGGGUGGGUGGAGUAGAUGGGAAAUACCCAGCAGAGAAGGACCGAUAUCAUUUGUACGUUGCUUACAACUGCCCUUGGUGCCAUCGAGUUAUCUUGGCAAGAUCGUUGCUUGGUUUGCAAGAUGUAAUUUCCAUGGAUGUCUGUUUUCCAAACAGGACCGACGAAAGCCACGAGCAAGGGCCUGGAUUCUGGCAAUUCCUACCUCAAGGUGCUGACUGGCCAACAGGGACGAAGAUUCAGUAUGAUAGCUGUACAAAUGACACAGUCAACGGUAAAACUACAGUUGUUGAGAUUUACAAAAUGGUAGGAGCUGAUUUGAAUGCAUCAAGACCAAGUGUUCCUGUGUUGUUUGAUAAGAAAACAAAAACCAUUGUAAGCAACGAGAGUGCUGAAAUAAUUGAGAUGUUGGCAACAUCUUUUAUUUCUCUUGCCAAAAAUCCUAUCAACUUGAUUCCAGCUGAAAAGAAAGUUUUUAUGUCUGAGUGCAAUGACUGGAUCUACCACAAAAUAAACAAUGGAGCUUAUAAAGCUGGUUUUUCAUCAUCCCAGAAAGCAUACGAAGAUGCAUUUGAUGAAUACUUUGGUGCACUUGAUAAGCUUGAUGCCAUGCUGGCAAACAGUGCAUUUGUUUGCGGUAGUCAACUUACCCUGACUGAUAUAAGAUUGUUUCCAACAAUUUUCCGGCAUGAUCCAAUUUACUAUUUACGAAUGAAGUUGAACCACAAGUAUAUAAAGGAAUAUCCAAAUUUAUGGAAAUGGCUUUGCAUGAUGUAUGCUAUACCAGCUGUUAAGGCAGAAUGCCCUCUUGAUCAGAUGAAACAAGGGUACUUUGGUAAUACAUGGAACAAGGUUGUCCCAAAAGGACCAUUAACAUACCUGCAUGAUCUACAACUGAGUGGGCAGAAAUUAAAUGGUGAAUAGGGGUUCUUCUAUCUUGCAGUAAUGGCCAUGUUAGGAGGUAUCCAGCUUUGCAUUCAAGGCACCCAAUGUGAAAGCCAUGCAGUUCAUGACUAGCACAAGUUUCACAAUCUUCAAUUGCACAAUCUGAAAGGUACUUUGCCAUGUCAAAAAUCUUUCUAAGAAUUAAUAUGAUAAGAUGUGAUUUUUUUAUUCUUAGUUAAAUAAUGCCAUUGAAUUUGCUUUCCCAUAAUACAAAAUUUUGUAUCACUGUACACAAAUAUUCCCUGUUAAGUCAAUUUUAUAAGUUAACAACAGACUAUAAUUCGUUUAAGAUUUUCUGUUCCCUUCUUCUUUGUAAAUGUAAGAUAUAAAAUUUCUGAAAAAUUUCCAACAAAACUGUUGCUUUUGGAAAAAAGGGGCUGCAGCCCUCCAAGCCACUGUACUAUUGUAAAAGGUGUACCUGAAAUAAAGUUUUUAAAUUUG